AUGGCUCAAUCAUUGUUUACUCUCCUUGUUACGAACCCAUUGCUCUAUCUUUUCUCCACACUCUAUGUUAUUGCUCAGAAUUUUGUUGCCUGGAUUCUCGGGCCCUCGGCGUCUCCAAUGAACCGCUUCGAUAAAGGCUUGCCAAAGAGGAAAAUCGCUAUCAUCGGUGCCGGCUUAACGGGUAUCUCAUCAGCGGCGCAUUGUAUGAGCCAUGGCUUCGAGGUGCAAAUCUUCGAGGCACGCGGGAAGGAGAAGGGGUUGGGCGGUAUUUGGAGUCGCGUCAACUCUACAUCGGCAUUGCAAAUUCACAGCAUCAUGUAUCGGUUCCAUCCAACCGUGCGAUACAAACACGCCUACCCCACCAAACACGAGAUUCGCGAGCAGAUUGUCGAUCUGUGGAAACGAUAUGGUUUAGAAAAUCGCACUGAAUUCGGAACGCCAGUCACGUCAAUCAAGAAGGCCAAGUCGUCUGGCAAGUGGGUGAUCAAUGACCACCCCGAGAAAUACGGGAGCUUUGACGGCGUGAUCACGGCCGUCGGAGUUUGUGGAGACCCGAAAAUGCCCUCUUUACCAGAUCAAGAUCAGUUCAACGGUAUCAUAUGCCACUCGUCAGAUCUCGAUGGCAAGGACAUCAAAGGGAAAAGAGUUCUCGUCGUCGGAGGUGGUGCAAGCGCAAUUGAAGCUCUAGAAUUUGCAGUUCAUUCUGGAGCAACUGAGAUCGAUGUUCUCUCACGGUCAGAUAAAUGGAUCAUUCCGCGCAAUAUCCUGGUACAGUCAUUGCUGGCCUGCAACAUCUGGGGUGAGGAGACAUCUCUGGCGUGGGUGCCCGAGUGGCUCCUUCGCAAAUUCUUCUAUCGCGACCUACAGGACAUUGCACCCAAGAGUGGCCUGUUUACCACGACGCCUAUGGCAAACUCUGAUCUAUUCAAGCUCAUUCGGAAGGGUAAAGCACGUUGGCUACGUGGCGAUAUUUUGUCAGUGCAAGAGAACGGUAUCAUGUUCAAUCACCGAUCGCAGGAUGUACCCAAAGGAGGACCAGGCCGCGAAAAAGUCGUUCCAGGCGAUGUAAUCAUCAUGGCGACUGGAUUCAAACGACCAUCGCUCUCCUUCCUUCCGGAGGAUGUCUUCGAGGAAAACUACUCCCCUCCUGAUUGGUAUCUCCAAGUUUUCCCGCCCAAACACCUCAGCAUCUGCGCCAACAACAGCACCUACGUCAAUGCUAUUGGGACGGUCGGGAAUGUUCAUAUUGGGAUUUACACGCGGUUCUUGAUGAUGUUCCUGACCGAUCCGCUCACCCAACCCACAGAGGGCCGAAUGAAGACCUGGAUAGACUUCACUCGUUGGAUGAAACAAGGAGCACCGCCCGGAGCGUUCGAUUUCUUUACAUACACGGAGCUUCUAUACUGGUUUGUGUUUCUUGUACUGAUCAAUCCGUUCCGCUGGAAGUGGGCACUCUUUAUUCUUUUCGGCAUCGGGCAGACACUUCCAUUGGAGAUUGUCAGGGAAGAAGAGGCUCUCCGCAAGAAGCUGUCGGACCAACAUGAUUAA